AUGAGCUGGCUCAACCAGCCCUACACCGGGCCAUACGGCCAGCCCCAACAACCUCAACAAGGCUUCAUGCAGCCCCAACAAACGGGUUACAUGCAGAGGACGGGGUUCGUACCGCAGCAGGGGUACCAGCAACCCCAGCCUACCGGCUUUGGCGCAGGAGGGAUGAUGGGCGGGAUGGCUCCUCCUCUUCCGAUGCAACCGCAGCCGACGGGGUUCAUGGGCGCUCCGAUGCAGCGUCCGAUGGCGACUGGGUUCCCUCAACAAGCUCCCCCUCCUCCCCAACAACAACAACAACAACAGCCGGCGCGCCUCGUCCCCCAGCCAACAGGGUUCAACUCGUCCGGACUCGGCGCAGGCGUCCAGCAGAGCUUCCUCUCGACGUUCAUGCCAGCCCAGACCAUCCAAGCACAAGCUUCGUCGUACAUCCCUCCUUCGCAGAUGCAAUUCGCCUCUCAACAGCCCCUCUCGGCCCAACCAACCGGCGUGCCUCCUCCCUUGCAACAACAAUUCCAGUCGUCCAACCUCGCCCAAACCGGUCAAGCACAAGUCGCCAUCCCGUGGGAAUUGACCAAGGAGGAGAAGAAGCGGUAUGACCAGAUCUUUCGCGCGUGGGACAAGGGUGGAAGUGGGUUCUUGCCCGGGAGCAUGGCGAAGGAGGUGUUUGGACAAAGUGGGUUGGGACAGGAGGAUUUGAUGGCUAUUUGGAACCUCGCCGACGUCUCUGACCGCGGCAAGCUCAACAUUGACGAAUUCCACGUCGCCAUGGGACUCAUCUACCGUCGCUUGAACGGGAACCCGAUCCCCCAUACCUUACCCGCUGAGAUGGCACCCCCCUCGGCGCGGGACCUCGAAGACUCGGCAAACUUCCUUACGUCCCUUCUGAAGAACGAUACGAAUCGGCGUGCGACGCAGGGGGACGGAGCGGGGCAGAGUCGAGCCAAGAUGAGGAGUUUGCAUGAGCAGCCUCAGCACGGAGGGGCGUCGAGGAAAGACGCGACCGUCUUUCGGAACGACGAUGACGCGGUCCCGGUGUACAAGAGCAGUUCUCGCCACCUCAAUCGCGACGACGUGCGGUCUUCCUCGUCGCGCGGGAAGGACUCGCCUUCGAGCGAGUUGGACGACGUCAAGCGUCGGUUGAGGGAUGCGCAGCGGGACGUUGAUCGUUCGCGGGACGAGGACGACGAGGAGGAAGACUUGAAGGAGGAGUUGAGGAGGUUGAAUCGCAAGAUCCAGCGCGUGCAGGAUGACCUCGACGAUAACCGUCGCAGUGGGCGUCGGACGGCGGCCAAGGACGAGGAGCGCAGGAUGCUCGAGCGCGAAUUGCUCCGCCUCGAGCACGAGGAUUUGCCGCGAUUGGAGAAGCGCAUCGAGGACAGGGAGCGCGAGAAGAGGCUCGAGAGGAAGAAGUAUGCGGUCGAGAGGGACGACAGGAAUGCGACGUUUGGGAGGUACGAUGAUCGGCGGGACCGCGAGCGCGACCGCUACGAGCGCGAGCGUGACCGCGACAGGGGAUACUCGGCGUCGAGGUAUGGGAACGGCGAGGACGACGACCGCGACGAGGAGCGCGGGUACAACCGCGGAACGUACGACCGCGAUGGUCGCGACAGGUCCCGCUACGCUCCCUCGCCUCCUCGUCGGCAGAGCCCGCCCGCCCGCUCGCGCACGCCGCCUCCUCCGCCGCCUCCUCCCGCUGCAGACAAGAAGAUCGACGCGCCGCCUCCUCCGCCGCCGACUCAGCCGCCCGCUCCUGCGGGUUCGAGCCCCUCCCCCGCUCCGGACCUCAAGUCGAUGUCGCCCGCCGAGCGUCAGGCGUUCAUCCGCGCCGAAGCGCAGCGUCGUGUCCAAGAGCGUCUGCGCGCACUCGGCGUCGCAGCACCGUCGGCCGGCACAGGCGUCGACACCUCGGUCCAGGAGCGCCUCGAGGCUGACAAAGCCGAAGCGGCGCGCAAGGCCGCCGAAGCGGACGAGCAGCUCAAGGCGAAGGAGCUCGAGCGCCAGGCUCGUCUCGAGCGCGAGAGGCAGAAGGGCGUUGCGGUUGAGCAGGCGCUCCAGGAGACGCAGCGCGAAGGAGAGGUUGUCCAGCAGGUGAGGGAGGAGAUCAAGGGCGCUGGAACGCUCGAGGGUCAGGGGAGCGAGCCGCAGCACGCUGUCAAGGCUGCGGAGGACCAGCUCGAUGCGGAGGAGAAGGCGCUUCGCGAGCGCGAGGAGCAGCUCCAGCGCGAGAAGGAGGAGCGCAGGAGGCGCAUCGAGCAGCUUGAGCGCGAAGCCAAGGAGGCUGAGGAGAACUUCCAGCGCAAUAAGGCGGCGUUCUCGUCGGCAGGCAAGGCCAAGGCCCCGCCUCCUCCGCCCGCGUCGAGGGGCAAGCCGGCACCGCCUCCUUCGAGGAAGCCUGCGCCGUCGCCCGCUCCGACCCGCUCGCUCCAGCAUGAUGACGAUGACGACUUUGCCGCGCCCGCUCCUCGCUCGGCGGCAGCUUCGCCUGCGCCUCCUCCUGCGCCGCCUGCACCUCCCGUCCCGACCGUCGCGUCUCCUCCGCCGUCCCUCAGCCCGCCAGCCGUGACGUCGCCGGCGAAGAGUCCAAGCACGAACCCGUUCCACCGUCUCUCAGGCGGCGGCGCACCCUCUCCCGCUGCCGCGAACGGCGCCGGCAAGCCCAACCCCUUCUUCGCAUCGGCCGCUCCGCCUGCGGCACCUGCGCCUCCUCCCGCUCCGCCUGCACCCGCCGCCGCCGCCGCCGCUAGCAAGCCUGCCUUCCGCCCGCCUCCCUCGGACGACGACGACUGGGACGCACCUGCCGGCCUCGAGAAGGACGUCGACGAGUCGGACAGCGACGACGAGCCGGCUCUCGGUUCCGCUCGCGCUCGCCAGGCGGCACUCGCGCAGAACCUCUUCUCUGGCCUCGGUCUUGGCGGAGGACGCUCGUCGCCGUCGUCGUCGACUUCGCCUACCCGUUCGGCUGUGGCCUCGCCCGCUCCGGGUGCCAACGGUGCUCCCGCGCCGCCUCCGCCGCCUCCCGCGCCCGGCGCACCUCCCGCCCCGAAGGCUCCCUCGGUGCCGCUCGGCGGCGCAGCCGGACCAGCCGACCGAGGCGCUCUCCUCGGCCAGAUUCAGGGCGGCCUCAAGCUUCGUAAGGCUACGACCGUCGACAAAUCUGGCCCAGUCGGCGCUGGUGCAGUCAUCGGCGAUGCGAGCCCGCCGGUUCAGCACUACGUACCGCCGCCCUCGCCGCCGAGGGUGCCGACGCCGCCGCCUCCUGCCGCAUCUGAGCCCGAGCAGUCGUACCAGCAGCUUCAUGAGCCUGAGCAGGCGGCGCCUGCACACGAGGAACCCGAGACGCUUCCUGCGAUCGUUACGGAGGACCCGCUCGAUGCGGUCGAUCUCACCAAGACCAUCCGCGUCCGCUCGCUCUACGGCUACGAGGCGCAGCGCGACGAGGACCUCAGCUUCGCUGAGAAUCGCGUCUUGCUCGCUCACCCCGCCAAGGACUCGAGCGGCGACUGGUGGUACGGCUCGACCGAGCUCGAGGGUGCCAAGCUCGGCUGGUUUCCCAAGGGCUACAUCGAGGAGAUUCGCGCCCAACCCGCACGAGCGCUCUACUCGUAUACGGCCGCUUCGCCUGACGAGCUGUCGUUCGAGGAGGAGACAAACCUCGCCAUCGUCGACCGGUCGGACGAGAGCUGGUGGAAGGCGGAAAAGGACGGCGUGAUCGGACUGGUGCCGGCCACGUACUUCGAGAUCAGUGCUCCUGGCGAGAACGGCGCCGCUACCCAGGCUUCGAACGGCACUCAUCUCGACGCCUUCGACUCGAGCGACGACGAGCCUGACAGUGAGGACGAGGAGUCGAGUGCGGCUCGCGAGAAGGAGCGGCUCAAGGUGCUCGAAGCGGCGGGCUUGCUGGUCAAGGCGCCUGAACCCAACGAGACUCCGAAGCGGCGUCGCCGACCACCACCUGCUCGCCCGCCACGUCAACCUCGUUCCUCUGUUGUGCCUUCGCUGACUCAGGAUAGUCGACCUGCGGCGGAGGAAGUGGAGGACGAGGAGGAGGAAGCUCGACCGGAGGAGAGCGCGGAGCGCAUGGAAGACGCUUACGAUCUGUACCAACGCGCGAUGCGAGAGCAGCACUCCGCGACGCUCCAUCCUCCGCCCACACCGUCGCCUUCGCUUCCGCAAGGAUCGCCACCGCCUUCUCCUGGCUUGUCGGUCACUCCAUCGACGACAGCUGCGGUCAAAGACGCCUGGCACAGCACGACUGCAAACUUGUUCGGCCGAAGAAGCAGGUCCGGAACCGUCGCAACGGCUGACAGGACUCGACCAGUCAUCAGCUCGCCUCUCGUCCCCCAGGGCGAGUCGAACGAAGAGUCGAAUAGAGCGAGCGGCGUUUUCGGAACGUCCUGGUCGAGCCUGGUCGACGAGUCUGCCCUAGAAGGCCUUCCCGACUCCGAACGCAAGCGGCAAGAGGCGAUCUUCGAGCUCGUCGCGACCGAACAGAGCUACGUGCAGUCAUUGCAGCUCGUCAUCGAGGUCUUCCUGAACGCGCUGCAGCCUGUUCUACCUGAGAAAGCGCAGCAGAUCAUCUUCGCCAACAUCGAAGAUAUUGUGCUGUUCAACACCGUCUUCCUCUCGGAGCUCGAGGAGCGACAGCGAGAGUCUCGCCUGUACAUCAACACGAUCGGCGACGUCGUCAAGGAGCACAUGAAGGGACUCGGCAGCCACUACCGUGGAUACUGCGUCAACCAGUCGAACGCCGCGCGUACUCUCAAGGACCUGAAGAGGUCGGACUCGUCGCUGAGGAACUUGCUUGACGGCCUUCGCGUCAAGAACCUCGAACUUGAGCACUUCCUCCUCGAGCCGAUGCAGCGCGUCACUCGAUACCCUCUUCUCGUCAACCAGAUCCUGCGAUACACCCCUGCCGACCAUCCUGAUCACCAGCCGCUCGAGCGUGCUCUCCAAAUCGCCGAGACGACCCUUGACGACAUCAACGAGGCUGUCCGAGCGCAUGAGAACCAGGAGAAGCUUGCGUGGUUGACGGACACCGUCGUCUUCCCCGGCGUUGCGGGACGCCUCGACUUGACCGCCCCCACUCGCCUGCUUGGCCCUCGCCGCAUCGUGCGCGAAGGCAAACUGGAGAAGGCCAAGUCGAGGCGUAAACUCCAGGCCUACCUCUUCAACGAUUUACUCCUCUUGACGGAGGACCAAGGGUCGACGCAGAUUGUCUACCGCUACCCCAUCCCGCUCGAGGAAGGCUCCGUCCGCCCUCACCCUCGCGACAACACCGACUUCCUCAUCACUCACCGCGGCGACGCCAUUCGCCUGCGUGUCGAGAACAGUCGGCUGGCGUUCGCGUGGGUUAGGGAUAUCGACCAGGCGAGGGGGAAGGUCCUGAAGGCUAUCGAGGCGGCGCGGUUUGGCUGA